GUUUAUCCUGCAACUUCAGUCAAUAUCCCACUUAAAUCAUUCCAGGUAAGAGAGAAGAGGAAACCUAACCAAUGGCUGUGGAGUAAUAUGGAGGAAGAUGGGAAAAACUUAUUUAAUGGGUUGAAAGAGUGGAGACUUCUAUAAGACAUGGAUAGAUGCAAACAUGUAGGGCGGUUGCGGCUCGCCCAGGACCACUCCAUCCUGAACCCUCAGAAGUGGUGCUGCCGGGAGUGCGCCACCACCGAGUCGGUGUGGGCUUGUCUGAAGUGCUCGCACGUGGCCUGCGGCCGCUACAUUGAAGAUCACGCCCUCAAACACUUCGAAGAGACUGGACACCCGCUAGCCAUGGAGGUCCGGGACCUCUACGUGUUCUGCUACCUGUGCAAGGACUACGUGCUCAACGACAACCCGGAGGGGGACCUGAAGCUGCUGAGAAGCUCCCUCUUGGCGGUCAGGGGCCAGAAGCAGGACCCGCCGCUGAGGCGCGGGCGCACGCUGCGGUCCACGGCCUCGGGCGAGGACGCGGUCCCGCCGCAGCGCGCCCCUCAGGGACAACCGCAGAUGCUCACGGCUCUGUGGUACCGGCGCCAGCGCCUCCUGGCCAGGACGCUGCGGCUCUGGUUCGAGAAGACUUCGCGAGGCCAGGCCCGGCUGGAGCAGCGGCGGCGGGAGGAGGCGCUGGAGCGCAAGAAGGAGGCGGCGCGGCAGCGGCGGCGCGAGGUGAAGCGGCGGCUGCUGGAGGAGCUGGCCAGCGCCCCUCCGCGCAAGAGCGCGCGCCUGCUGCUGCACGCGCCCCGCGCCGCCGCCCCGCGCGCCACAACCGCGCGCGCGCCCGCCGGGCCCCGCCCCGCGCCGCGCCGCGUGCCCGUCAUGGCACCAGGCGUUACGGGCCUGCGCAACCUGGGCAACACCUGCUACAUGAACUCCAUCCUCCAGGUGCUCAGCCACCUGCGCAAGUUCCGCGAGUGCUUCCUGAACCUCGACCCGUCCAAGACGGAGCAGCUGUUUCCCAGGGCCGCCAACGGCAAAGCCCCGCUUGCGGGCAGGCCGGCCAGCAGCUCGGCCACCGAGCUGUCGCCGAGGAGCAAUGCGGCCGAGGCCUGCGAGCGCGAGGGCUUCUGCUUGAACGGCGGAGUCUCCCUCAGCAGGAGCUUAGAACUCAUCCAGAACAAGGAGCCCAGCUCAAAGCACAUCUCGCUCUGCCACGAACUGCACACCCUCUUCCGCGUCAUGUGGUCCGGGAAGUGGGCCCUGGUGUCACCCUUCGCCAUGCUUCACUCGGUGUGGAGCCUGAUCCCCGCCUUCCGCGGCUACGACCAGCAGGAUGCGCAGGAGUUUCUCUGCGAGCUGUUGCACAAAGUGCAGCAAGAACUCGAGUCCGAGGGCACCACGCGCCGGAUCCUCAUCCCCUUCUCCCAGAGGAAGCUCACCAAACAGGUCUUAAAGGUGGUGAACACCAUAUUUCACGGGCAGCUACUCAGCCAGGUCACAUGUGUAUCAUGCAAUUACAAAUCCAAUACCAUCGAGCCCUUUUGGGAUCUGUCCCUGGAAUUCCCUGAACGCUAUCACUGCAUAGAAAAGGGGUUUGUCCCUUUGAAUCAGACAGAGUGCUUGCUCACUGAGAUGUUGGCCAAGUUCACAGAGACAGAGGCUCUGGAAGGGAGAAUCUACGCUUGUGACCAGUGUAACAGCAAACGACGAAAAUCCAAUCCAAAACCCCUUGUUCUGAGUGAAGCUAGAAAGCAGUUAAUGAUCUACAGACUACCUCAGGUCCUCCGGCUGCACCUUAAAAGAUUCAGGUGGUCUGGCCGUAAUCACCGAGAGAAGAUUGGGGUCCAUGUCGUCUUUGACCAGGUAUUAACCAUGGAACCUUACUGCUGCAGGGACAUGCUCUCCUCUCUUGACAAAGAGACCUUUGCCUAUGAUCUCUCCGCAGUGGUCAUGCAUCACGGGAAAGGGUUUGGCUCAGGACACUACACAGCCUAUUGCUACAACACAGAGGGAGGUUUUUGGGUCCACUGCAAUGACUCAAAGCUGAAUGUAUGCAGUGUCGAGGAAGUGUGCAAAACUCAAGCCUACAUCCUGUUUUACACUCAAAGAACAGUUCAGGGCAAUGCAAGAAUCUCAGAAACCCAACUCCAAGCUCAGGUGCAGUCCAGCAACAACGAUGAGGGCAGACCACGGACCUUCCCCUGAUGGGAGGCACGUAUCAAGGACUGGCUUGCUUUUAAACCACUGGUGUCUGUACGUCUUUCCUCUUACAGGAAAUAAGGUUUGCUGCAGGAACAGAUUACUAGAUUUGCCUCACUGGCUCUAGAGCAGAAGGUGCCAGGUGACUAUGUCCUAUUGUAAAAUUUGUAGUCACUUUCUUUUAAAUGGGUUUAGAAAUCCCCUCCUUUGAUAAAACGAGUCAAAAGGAGUAACUUCUAUGAAGAUUCAUCAGUUGUUUCUGAAUAUAGAGGGAUCUGGGUGGAGGAAGGAGGGAGUAAAUUGGUCAUAUCCAGCCGUGUUUUCUUUCUAUUACGUGAUUCCCCUGCUAAUCAGGACUCCUUGCAGCACCAGAAGAACCCUCCUGAUGUGAGCAGCCCUCGACAGAGCACAUGAGGAGGGGCCCUGGGCUGGCAGCUUGCUGGAUAGGAUUGAUUCCAAGGCUAGAGGUGAAGUCUAAGGAUUUGUUCCUACAAAGGAAGUAGCCCUCAAGGGUGAAAACUCGCAGACUUCCUUUUUUAGGGGAUAGCAGCUGAAGAGUGGAAUGAGAUGCAUGGAGCAAAUUUCCCCAUGCAGAAUGGGAGCUUUUUCAUGUGUCAUACUCUCCCUGGCUGCUGCCAUCAAUCAUUUCGAAUCUUCUGAGACUGGCAUGAAUAUCCCUUCGUCCUAAAGGAGUUCAUAUGGGGAAGCAAUAAACUAGUACCUGACGUGUUCUCUGUGGCAUGCUGAGCCUCAGAGCACUCCUGGCUACCCAGUUCUGUAGCAAAUCCCUGGUUCAGGUCUAGGGCAAGCACAUAAUUUGAUUUAAAUUGGUCUUUAUGUCAGUUGUCUAAGGCUUUCCCAGAACUCAGCUGGGGGGCGGGGCUGCCGGUAGUCCACGGCCUAUAUAAAUGCCUGUCACCCAUUCUCACCCUGGUACAGCAUACAGCUUGUCUUAGCCUGCAGCUUAUUUCUUGCACCAGGAAGGCUAGAACAUCCUUGUUCACAAGGUGUGGGAGCUUUUGCUUUCCUAAGGCUUAGGAAUCUGCCUCCCAUAUGUCUGAACAGUUUAUUGCCUAUGGCCUUGGCCUGUUUCCUCCCAAAUAUGCUAACCUCUACUGUUCCUUUACCCAUCCACACUCAAUCCAUCAGAGAAAAAAGCGAGAGUGCCCUGUCCUUAAUUCCAGUGCUAGUAAAAUAUAUCUUUUUUAAAUGGGUCAGUUUCUAAGUGGCACGAAUUUGCCCAGAUGGAAACCUUCUGCCCCAUCAGGCACCACUGAAUUUUUCCUUCUCAGUCCUUUGCUUAGACUCACCAGUAAAAGUGAAUGCAAGCCGUAACUCUGAUUGUGGGGGUGCGCAGCCCGCCUCAGCCUGUCACUCGGAACGCUCAUCUUUUGACUGAGUAUAUCAUAUUAAUAUUUCAAUUCAGGUAGAAGUACAGUUGCCACUUGAAGGGAGUAGAUGUGAAGGGAGUUUGGGGAGGGGUGGGAAGUUGGGGGAAAGAGAGGCUAAAGAAUGAGGGUUGUAGCUUUAGCUGUGUUAAGGAACCACAUUUCCCAAGCAAAUCUGUAGCAUUUGCUGUUGACCUCUUUUGAGAUGAACGCUCCCAUGGGACCUGCCUGACAGCACUGAGACUUGGAGGAAAUCAGACAGAAAAUGGCUCACCCUGAUAAGGGGAGUGACUAUAUUUUAAAUUAAACUUGCUUUUUCCAACACUGUGAGGUUUCUGUAAUGUUUAGCUUUUAUUUGGAAGCGAUAGCGUAUGGCAUUUUUUAUGCUGUUUGGUUUAUAUGGUCUACUGCAGGCUUCUUUCUACAAGCUUGGCCCGGGCUCACCCUCACCUGGACACUGUUUUAAAGUGUCACAGCUGCCCGCACGCCAGAGACUCUGAUGUGAAGCUAUAAUCUCUAGAUCUACAUUUUUAAGUCGGCAUGAUUGGUGAUGACUGUUUGUGGCAAUAGAAAAGCCCAUUAAUUCAAAAAAAAUUUUUUUACAAUUUUAUACAAAAAAACCCAAGGAGAGUAAAAAAGGAAAGGAAAAUAUAAAUUGUGCCUCAUCUUUCAUUGAAUGCUAUAUUUGUUAUUCUAGAAAAAGAGAACUUACAAAUGGAGAAGUACUAAUAGAGCAUCUACUUCAUCCCUCAGGCUGUCCAGGGGGAAAUACUUAAGAAAAAUAAACAUUUAAUGGAAAAUUAAAAGAUCUUCAAUUUAAUUUUUAAAAAUAGUUUUAUACCAAGUAUUAAGGAUUAUUAAGCAGACCAAGAACUUUGUAAAGUGCUUAACUUAGAUGAGCACCCAUGUGUCAAAUUAAUAAAAUUGUUUAAAAUGAGUUGGAGUAGAAACCAGCAUCAGAGUCCUCAAUGAGCUGCACACACUUGAAGGUGUCCCUGCAGUCAGACACCUCAGGUACCCAGAGGCAGCAGCACUAGACGCUGUUGGGAAGUUAGUAUUUAUGGAGAUUUUUAUUAAAGAAAAGAGUUCCCUGCUGCAUAAGCCAAUGGCUGUUGUGAGGGAAAUGUCCCUUUGCCUUUAAUUUAUUUACAUAUUGGAAGUAGAUGAAUUUCUUAGUUGCAGCUUACUUUAAGUCAGAACAUUCUAAAGAGAAGAGAGAACCAGGUAGAAGUUGACUAGAUGCUGCCAAAUCAAACCCAAGAUCUCCUAACUGAACCUUAUGGGCCUGCUUCUCUCCCAGGCAAGUAGUUCUAGGAACUCUUUGUAGUUGGCUGGUGUGUUUACUUCCUGCUGUAGCCAGCCAAGACGAAUGCACCCUGGCCCUCAAAAAGGAUUUUACCUCAAUCUAGCUUGACCCUCAUGCUUGUAGUUGCCUCUGAGAUGAGCAUCCGUGCUAGUGUUUAAAAAAAAAAAAA